AAUAUGUUUUAAACGAGCUUUGUAAAACUUGGACUAAAACAUCAUCAGACACGGAUUUCAACUGUUAAAUGUAAUAUGAAAUUCUUUGCCUUAUUUGUCCCUCUUCUACUGUCUGUGGCAUUUUCGGAAGCAUUCAUAAGAUGGCGCCCAAUACCAGGGGCAUGUGUUGACUGCUAUGGUAGAUUUCGCAGAGAAGGGGAAAGGUACUUUGAUGGAUGCAACUGGUGCACGUGUAGUUGGAACGGGGGUCCAGCUUGCACUUACAUGAACUGCUACUACAAUCGCUGCUUCAAGAAUUAAUGAAAAUGAUGCAUGUUAACGAAAUACGUAAUAAAUGGAAACAACUUGU